UGCCAUCAUUUCAAGCACAGCGCAGAUGGUCUCUACUCGCGACUUCUUACCUCAUGGUGACCUGCUCCUUCCAUACUUCGUGGCCAUGCGGCUCCACGCGCGUCCCACGGACCCUUCAGCAACUUCAACCAUGGUCACGGCUCCUUUGCACUUGUGUAAUGCUGAAGUGGCCCUUCUGUGUGUCACGGCCAAAGUUGAUACCUCGACAUCUACUCUUUGCGCUUUCCUAUGUCAUGCUCAGUGCUUUCUACUUCAGCAACCGUAUACCGUAAUGCUCCUCUUGUUUACACCGAUGCUCCGUAGCAGUCUCGUCUCUCCUUCAGUCGUUGCAGUGCUGCAGCUCUAUUCAUCUCACAUGCCAUCCCACUCUCCCGUACUCGUCCUAUAACAAGUGCUUCGUGCACUCUCGUCAUCGACAUGGCUUAUGUGCUGUCCCUGCGACCACACAGUCCACUCAAGCGGUCCUUCAGCGAUAAUCCUUACCUUCAGUCAUGCUCUCCCUUGAAAGAACCUUUCCUUGGGCCUCUCAGCGACGUCACCGCUCGCAAUACAUCCGCAUGCUCUCUGUAUACACUUGGCUCGAACAGAUCCAAUAUCUGGAACCUUGGAAACGAGAACACACCGCCUCUCACGUCGCAGUCUUUGCUUAACCUCGUGCCUGAGAAGCCAGCUUACGACUUUGGCGUGCAACAUGGGGACCACGUACCGCGAAAGCGUAAUUGUGGAGUCAAUCGAGCACCGCCAUCGCUGUCGCGCACCGCAGCCCCUCCAAACUCUUUCCCGAGAAAGACGGCGGACCUACAAUAUGUGAUGGAGUCUUCUUCGAAUAGCGAGAACUCAGCAGAGGACAUGGAUGUUGACGACAGCCAUAUCGAAGAGUCAGAACUGUUUAAUCUGUACGAAGCGAUCCACGUACCUCUGCCUGAAGGACGAUUCUCGGAUCACAGUGGUAGUGAGAAACAAGAUGUGCAAGAUCCUACGCCGCAAGCCCUCCCAACUGAACCACAACCGUUUCGUCGAUGGAUGAGCACCUUACGCCGGCGGCACCUUCAUCGCCGCAAGAAGCAAGAGUUGUCUUUUGAUGGCGCUGAGGAAGUUUUGGCUGUUCGAUCGCCCCUUUCGACGACGACAGACUCAGUACGGAGGACUUCGGAGUCGAUGACAUCUUCUAUGGGCUUCGUCACUACCGUCAAGACUACAUCGAUCACGAUCGCCAGCACAAGCAUUGCGCCCACUUCCGAGAGAGGCCCGCAUAACAAAGUCCGGCUAGGUAAUAGAAGCAGUAAUACCGACGCUCGUCGGUCGAUGGAGAGUCACCGCGGUGGGCUGGGUCCAGUCAUCGACGAGAGCGCGUGGCUCAGAUCUCUGCAGCGCCGCAAGGUGGUGGAAGAACUGAUUGCUUCAGAAGAAAGCUACAUUGCCGACCUCAAGGUUCUCAUUAACGACUACUUCAUGAUUCUUACCGCCCUUCCUGCCUUGCCUGGUCAGACUAAGUCAUCCAUACAGCAGAACAUAGCCCAGAUCUUGCAACUCCAUGAAGAUCUUCUUGCAGAACUUCAACAAGCUAUUCCUCAAGCCGACUUCACCAAAAGCGCACAGCAAGAGACUUAUCCCGUUACGAAAGCUAAGCAUAUCCGUUUCCAUAGCGCAGAUAUCAUACCUGGUCGCUUAGGCGAGCACAGAGCUACUCGGCGUUUGAGACAUUCCCUCGAGAUUGGCCGAUCCCCGGACAGGAGGCCACGAGGUCUGGUAACCGACACUCAAACAGUCGGCAACAUCGCAAAGAUAUUCAAUCGACAUAUGAAACGUUUCUUUACCUAUGAAGAAUAUGGUGCGCAUUGGACUACGAUGUCCUCGGACCUCACUACGAUGUGCAAAGGGCUGCACGGUUGGCAGGAGUACGAACGAGGAGUUGAAGCUUUGCAGAAAGUCAUUGCCUCCGAGAACAACCGCGAGUCUGGCAGCAAGAAGGCGCUGAGCUUCCCUGAUUUGUUGAUCAAGCCCAUUCAGAGGGUCUGCAAGUACCCCCUGUUAUUCGACGACCUGUGUCGCCAGACACCUGUGUGCGACGACCCAGAGGCUCACGCCGAGUUGGAGAAGGCUCUAUUUCGACUCCAAGAGACUAUCCGUGAGGUCAACAAGGCGAAGGAUGACCCGAAGACCCGCCGACUGAUUGAUAUCACCUGGCAGCUGCAGGACAGACUCGUGUUUCAGGAACAGGCAAUCUCGCGUGCGCUUGUAUUUCGUCUUCUUGGACAUGUCCUUUUGUGUGGCGUCCUACAUGUGGCCUACCAGACUCCCGAACGUGUGAAGGGACAGUACAUGGUUUGUGUGCUAUACAAAUCCUGUCUCGUACUUGCAACGACAAGUCGUUUCUACACACCCUACACUGUGGUCGCCUGCAUCAGCCUCGCGAAUGGCAGUAUCGAAGAACCGGACAACGGUCGGGGCGUUCAGUGUCAUACGGCCUCUCACACUUGGAAAUUCGUGUUCGAACACAACCAUCGACUGCACGAGGUCAUUCUAAGCGCCUGUUCAUCUCAAGAAGAAGAGGUGUGGAAGACACAGUUGCGCGAGCGCACUGUGUGCGAGACGCACGAUUUCGUCGAAGGGCAGUCCACCAUGCAAGAAAUGUUCUCUUCCUUGAGCUUGGAUAUUAAGUCUCUUGGACCGGUAUUCGGACAUGCAGACAGUCUGGUCCGGCGCAUGUCUGUCCAUCGAGCGGCGACGCUAGGUGCGAAGACGAACCUGGCGCAAGUCAUCAUCAAGAAUACACAGGCGCAGAAACCGCUGGACACUCCUCCCACGUUUUCGCCAGGUGUGGUGACUCGCUCGCAGUCACUCCUGUCGUCGAAUCACAUUCCGACCUUGGCUCCAAGGAGAGCUGAACGCAUUCGCCUUGAGACAGCACUGGAGGAGGUCUGGACGAAAGACAUCUUGCCUUUCCCAGGAAUGUCCAAUCGAAGAGUCGAGAACCAGAUUCGUGCGUCAGCCAACUCAGUUAUGCGAAAGCUCAGCAUGGCAAGCAUUGCCAGCAACUUCUCGCGCCGCUCGCCAAGCUUUUCCAGCAUGAGCAAUACUCGCUCAGAAGACUCAUACGGUAGUAGGGCACAUAGAGUAUCACAAGGGAACCUGCGUGCAGCCCCUGUAUCAGAUCGCCGACCGGCUCCUGCAGUUGUAGACUUCCACAACGCACCAGCGGCUUUUCUACCUACGGACUUCGAGCUGCAAGACACACGACCAUCGAGCCGACGACGACGCCUAGCAAAUCGUGCGGGAGGAGCAGAGCGCUCGACAGAGAAGCCUACGCCGGCUAGACCGAAGCGGACACGACGACUCUCGUCGCACAUCAUCAGCCUUCCCCGGAGCGAGUCCAGUGCGCAGGUCACUGCGAGGUUUACAUCUGAUGGCUCCAAUGCGACCGUUCUGCGUGGACCUGAACCUGCCGUCGACUUCGAGCAGAGACUCGAGAACGCAAAGCCAAAGCGGAAAGGAGACAGAGAGAGUGGCGGCUUAGGAAGAGGCAUCUCAGGUGCAACACCAUCCAAAAAGUUUUUGAAAAGCAAAAGUCGAAUCUUCAAGUUUUGGGUAUGAAAAUGACGAAGGACUUGAGGCUCUUUGGAUUCGACGCGAACAUACUUACGACGACUUGUUGGAUCGCAAUUCUUUUGGCGCCUGUUGGACUAUUGAAAGUAAAAGUUGGAGUAAUGGGUGUUGUUACGAUGUCAC